CCUCAACGAACCCAAAACCGGAAUUUAUUCAAGAAAACAAUUUCGUCACAGUUGUUAUCAGUAAACGUAAUCACAGCGUUGCUAAUUACAAUUGCAGAUAAGAUGUGUUUUUUAAAUCAGUCGUUCGGCGCUUCACAUACGUCGAGAGCUCUUGAAGAAAAUGUCGGGCGUAAUUACAAAAAAUACAAUUUUACUCACAAAUCUUAUAAAACAUGUGAACAAAUGCUCAAAAAGACUUUCAUCGCACUUCAACUACUAUCCUGACAAUGAAAAACCUGUAAAUGGGGAAACAACAAAGAUGAACAUGAUGCAGGCCAUCAACAACGCAAUGGACAUCACGUUGAAGAAUGAUCCGACAGCCGUAUUGUUCGGUGAAGACGUAGGAUUCGGUGGAGUGUUCAGAUGCGCUUUAGGCUUACAAGAGAAAUAUGGCAAAGAUCGAGUUUUCAACACUCCACUGUGUGAACAAGGAAUCGCUGGAUUUGGGAUUGGAUUAGCUACGGCAGGAGCCACUGCGAUUGCUGAAAUUCAGUUUGCAGACUACAUAUUCCCAGCUUUUGAUCAAAUAGUAAACGAAGCAGCCAAAGCCCGCUACCGGUCAGCGGGACUGUUCGAAUGCGGCGGGCUUACAAUCCGCGCGCCCUGCAGCGCCGUGGGCCACGGGGGGCUCUACCACUCGCAGAGCCCGGAGGCUUACUUCGCACACACGCCCGGCCUCAAGGUGGUGGUACCGCGCGGCCCUAUCGCAGCCAAGGGCCUGCUGCUAUCGUGUGUCCGCGAGCGCGACCCGUGCGUGUUCUUAGAACCCAAGGUGCUGUACCGCGCCGCGGCUGAAGAGGUCCCAGUCGAGGACUACACGCUGCCUCUGGGGAAAGCGCAGGUGUUGAGAGAAGGCGACGGAGCCACCCUGAUCGGCUGGGGCACGCAAAUCCACGUGCUGUUAGAAGUGGCUCAACUGGCACAGGACAAGCUCGGCCUCGCGUGUGACGUCAUCGACCUCAUGUCCAUCCUGCCGUGGGACGAGGAGACCGUUUGCAAUUCGGUGAAGAAGACAGGCCGCUGCCUCAUCGCGCACGAGGCUCCGCUUACGGCCGGCUUCGGCGCUGAGCUCGCCGCCACCAUACAGGACGAAUGCUUCUUGCACUUGGAAGCGCCGGUGGCACGCGUGGCGGGCUGGGACGCGCCCUUCCCGCAUGUCUUCGAGCCUUUCUACCUGCCAACUGUCUGGCGAUGCUACCACGCGCUCACGCAGCUGGUUGACUAUUGAUGGUCGACUACUAGACUGAAUGACUGAUGCUGUGGAGGAAUAAACUAGAAUUA